CUCUUUUUUAACCUCUGUUAAAUUAUUAUUUUCAGGUCUUCGAGCGAUAGCGGAAGGAAAAGUUGCUGCAGUUGUUCUUGCUGGUGGCCAAGCAACUCGCUUGGGAGCAUCGAAACCUAAAGAUUGUAAUUCACUUUUUGCAUUACAAGCUGCUCGUAUUGCUCGUCUACAAGUCCUCGCUGCAAAACAAUUUCCAUCUUACCGUCCAAUCAUUCACUGGAUUAUAAUGACAAGUGCUUCAACUGAAGCUGAUACCAAGAGGCAUUUAGAAGAAAUUGCUCAAAUGUCAGAACUGACUAUGGAUCAAAUUACAAUUUUUAAUCAAGGAGAAUUGCCUUGUAUCACAUUCGACGAAAAACUUAUAUUAUCAUCGAAAUCCAAGAUAGCUACUGCUCCAGAUGGAAAUGGGGGACUUUAUGAAGCAAUACGUCCUCAUUUGCCAAGAUUUCGAAGUAUCGGAAUUCGUUAUUUUCAUGUUUACUGUGUUGAUAACAUCUUAUGUCGAGUAGCGGAUCCACAUUUUAUUGGCUAUUGUAUAGAAAAAAAUGCGGAUUGUGCUGCAAAGGUGGUUGAAAAAGUGGAUCCAGGUGAACGUGUUGGGGUUAUCUGUAAAGAAGAUGGAAAAAUCAAGGUUAUUGAAUAUACGGAAUUACCGCGUGAUCUUGCUGAAAAGAGAACUGAAUCUGGAAAAUUAGUAUUUCGAGCUGGAAAUAUAGCGAAUCAUUUUUUUUCCUUGGAAUUUUUGGAAAAAGUUUGUAGCGAUGAUUAUCCCAUUAUUUAUCAUUUGGCUUUCAAAAAAAUACCAUUUGUCGACGAAAAUGGUACUAUUAUUAAGCCAAAUAGUGAAAAUGGUUAUAAGCUGGAAAAAUUCAUUUUCGACGUUUUCGAAUUUUCACAGAAUUUCUUCGUAUGGGAAGUUCCUCGUGCCGAAGAGUUUAGCCCGCUGAAAAAUGCAGAGAAUGCUGGCAAAGAAUGCUUAAGCACUUGUCUACGUGAUUUAUUCGCGGAACAUCGUCGUUGGUUGAAAUGUAAGAGUGAUGAUGACCGUAAUUUAUUUGUUCACCCAAAUAACCAAGUAAGAAUUUCUUCCUAUAGUUUAUCUGUGCAAUUCAUUUCCUAUAAUUUUAUUUGA